UAUUCAGUACCAGUCGAGACUCCGAGUGGAUCGGAUCAGGUGCCCUCGCGCGAGCAAUUGAAGCUACAGUGUUCAAGUGAUUUUUCUUCUCUUUACUGACUUUGUGCGCGUCUUGGUCAGGUCAGGAGGUGCAGCAGUAUGUCGCGAAUUUUCGCGAUUUUUCUCACCUGCGCGAUCUUUGGGGUGUGCUGUGAGGCGAAAGGGUACUACAGCGUCGUUGGCUCGCGAGUUUUUCGCGCCAAUUCCCCAUAUCACGUUUCCGUGAGCACUCAUGGCACCAGCGAGGCUGUCCAGAUGAGAGUCGGCGUCGAAGGACAGUCCGAGGGAGGCUCGAAAUUCUCCCAGUUCAAGGAUGUCACGCUGGAGCCAGACACGAGCAAACUGGUGGAGAUCGAUAUCGGCAAAGUGGAGCCUGGAGAGUACAACUUGACAGCAGAAGGUCUCUCGGGACUGAUCUUCAAGAACUACACCUCGAUAUCCGCCAACACGAAGACCUUUUCCACGUACAUUCAGACGGACAAGGCGGUGUACAAGCCAGGAGAUGUCGUGAGGUUCCGCGUUCUCAUUCUGGAUGCCAAUCUGAAGCCGGUUCAGCCGAAGGAUAAAAUGUUGAUCUACAUUCAGGAUGCCAAGCAGAAUCGCAUUAAGCAGUGGCUCGACGCUGAGCCGGUCAAGGGCGUGUAUUCGAAUGAGCUGCAGCUUUCAGAUCUGCCAGUUCUGGGCGACUGGACAAUCCAGGUGGACGUGAUGGGACAGAAGUUCUCCAAGAACAUUGAAGUGGCGGAAUAUGUGCUGCCGAAGUUCGAAGUGACCAUUGACACUCCUCAAUUUGCCACCUUCAAGGAUGGCAAGCUGCGGUUCACCGUGCGUUCCAAAUACACGUACGGAAAGCCAGUGAAAGGAGAAGCCACAAUUUCUGUCUAUCCACGAUUCUUCGGCUCUUACCAGCCAUUUGUGUCCGAUUUGAUUUCCAGGAAAGUCUCCAAGAUCGAUGGCAAGACUUCUGUGGAGUUUGACAUUCAGGAUGAGUUGAAAUUCAAGGAAGACUGGCAAAGAGACAUCACAGUUGAGGCUGUUGUGGAGGAAGAGCUGACGAACAGGAAGCAGAACACUUCUAAAACCGUGACUCUCUAUCGCACGCGAUACGAAGUGGAAUUGAUUAAAUCUUCUGAUAGAUUCAAGGCUGGUUUGCCCUUCACUGUUCGCGUGAAAGUGGCAAAUCGUGAUGGAUCUCCAGUGACGGAUAAGAACAAUCCAGUGUAUCUUCGGCAAACCAACAACUUCUACUCUGCAGAAGAUGGAUACAAGAGUAACUCAGUGAAUUCGACUGUUUAUCUCGAUGAGAAUGGCAUGGGAAAGGUCAAUCUGGACAUUCCCGUGAACGUCAGCAACAUUGACAUGGUUGCCACUUAUCUGGACACUGAGGGAUACCUUGGAUACACGCCAUCCGUGUCGUCGGACAGCAACACCUUCCUCAAGACCACCAUCAACACCGCUGAACCCGAGGUGAACCGCGAGAUUUCCGUUCAAGUGGACGCAACUGAACCCAUGACGCACUUCACAUAUCAAGUCAUCGGCCGCGGAGACAUUAUCAUCUCGAAGACUGUGGAAGUGCCUUCCAGGAAUUCGCACACGUUCAAGUUCUUGGCGAGCUUCGCCAUGGUUCCCGAAGCCAAGCUCGUGGUGUACUUUAUCCGGCCGGACGGAGAAGUUGUCUCUGACAGUCAACCCAUCAAGUUCCGCUCGAGCUUCCAGAACUUUGUGAAGCUGGAGAUGGACAAGACUCAGGCGGGACCAGGAGAUGAUCUCACGCUGACAGUCAACACCAAGCCGAAUUCCUUCGUGGGACUUUUGGGCGUGGAUCAGAGCGUGUUGCUGCUGAAGUCGGGCAAUGAUCUGUCCAAGGAUGCCAUAUUCAAUGACCUACGCAGCUAUCAAGAAGAGACUUGGUAUCCCAGAAACUAUCCUUGGAGAGGAAAGAGAUUCAUCGCUCCUUGGUACACUCCAACCUGGCGAGAUUUCAAUGAUGCCGGAGCUGUUUUCCUGACCAAUGCCAAGGAGGAGCCAAGUCGUUUGACCACGAAGAACCUCCUGCCCAUCACGACCGAGCGCUAUAAUUCCGUGGACGAUGUGACACGCAAGAGGACAGAUUUGGGUCCUGCUCACUUAUUCAAAUUGCACACACGUCCUCCACUCGCCGGUCCCUAUGCUUUCAGCCGCAUCCCGCGGCCGGCGUGGAAUCACCCACGUGUGUAUCUCAUGCAUGAUAUCCGGGAUACGUGGCUCUUUCUCAAUACUUCAUCGGGCUACGAGGGAAAGACGACGCUACGCAAGAAAGUCCCAGACACCAUCACUUCCUGGGUGAUCACGGGAUUCGCCAUUGAUCCCAUCACAGGCUUCGGCAUGACUCAGAAUCCGCGGACUCUGAAAGUCUUCCAGCCUUUCUUCGUCUCCACGAAUCUGCCUUAUUCGGUGAAACGCGGAGAAGUUGUCUCAAUUCCAAUUGUUGUCUUCAACUACAUGGAGAGCGAUGUUCAGGCGGAAGUGACGCUGGACAAUGUGAAUCAGGAGUUUGAUUUCACUGAGGUCACCAAUGAUGUUAAUCCCAAUCCCAAACUCGAAUUGUACCGCAAGAAGAGAGUCACAGUUCCGGCCAACGGAGGAAAAGCGCUCUCAUUCAUGGUGACGCCUAAGAAGGUGGGACACAUUACCAUUAAAGUGACUGCAACGUCAGCAGUGGCUGGAGAUGGAGUCGAACGUCUUCUCCUGGUGGAGCCCGAAGGAGUUCCUCAGUACAUGAGCAAAUCCGUCUUCGUGGACCUCAACAAGGAGCCGAAUGCUGUUGCCAAUCUGCCCUUCGAAGUGCCAAAGAACGCCGUGCCAGACUCUGUUCACGUUGAGGUGUCCGUGCUUGGAGAUCUCUUGGGAUCGACCAUUGAGAAUCUGGACAAACUCAUCAGACUUCCUUACGGAUGCGGAGAGCAGAAUAUGCUGAACUUUGUGCCCAAUAUUGUGGUGCUGAACUAUCUGAAGGUGACUGGAAAGGAGACGCCUGAGAUCGAGAAGAAAGCCUUGAAGUACAUGGAGUCUGGAUACCAGAGAGAGUUGACGUACAAGCACAAGGAUGGUUCCUUCAGUGCCUUCGGCGAGAGUGACAAGAACGGAAGCACUUGGCUCACCGCCUUUGUUGCGAGAUCCUUCAGACAAGCCAAGAAAUUCAUCGCUGUCGAGGAGGAAGUGAUCACCAAUGCUCUCAAUUGGCUCAGUGAUCAACAAGCUCCGAAUGGAAGCUUCCCUGAAGUGGGUCACGUUUCGCACAAGGAUAUGCAAGGAGGAGCUGGUCAGGGAAUCGCUCUCACUGCAUACACACUCAUCACAUUCCUGGAGAAUCGCAAUGAUGUGCCCAAGCAUCAGAACACUAUCAACAAGGCUCUGGAUUAUGUUGCGAGGAACCUCGAAGGACUGGAUGAUGUCUAUGCUCUGGCUCUGGCCGCUUAUGCUCUUCACAUUGCCCAGCACAGCUCCAGGAGCAACGCUCUGGCUCUGAUGGAGGGCAAAUCGACCACAGAUGCGCAGCUCAAGUGGUGGCAUAAGCCCAUUCCCGAAGCGGACAAGAAGAAUCCCUGGUAUGGACAGCCCAACUCGGUCAAUGUGGAGCUCACAGCGUACGCUCUGCUGACUUACAUGGAAGCUGGAAUCGUGGAGGAUGCUUUGCCGGUGAUGAAGUGGCUCAUUGGUCAGAGGAACAGCGAAGGAGGCUUCCAAUCCACACAGGACACCGUUGUGGGCAUCACAGCUCUGGCGAAAUUCGCUGAGAAGAUUUCAGGAGGCGGCCCAGGAGGAGGAAAUGACGUGAAAAUGACUGUUGAGGCUGAGGAUGGUCAGAAGUCUAAUCUCAAAGUGGACAAUGACAACUCGCUGGUUCUCCAGAGUGUCAAGCUUUCUCCGAAUGUGAGGAAUGUGACUGUGUCGGCACAGGGCAAGGGAUUCGUUGUGGUUCAGCUGUCUUACAGAUACAAUCUCAAUGUCACCGGCGCCUGGCCGCGCUUCACACUGGAUCCGCAGGUGAAUAAGAACAGCAAUCAGGACUUCCUGCAUCUCUCAGUGUGCACGAGUUUCAUCCCAGACAGCGCGGCUGGCAAUGAGUCCAACAUGGCAGUGAUGGAAGUGGGCUUCCCCAGUGGAUUCACCGCCGAUCUGGACACUCUGCCAUCACUGCAGAUGCUGGAGAAGGUGAAGAAGGUGGAGACGAAAGACGGAGACACCAAAGUUGUGGUGUACUUUGACAAUCUGGACCGGAAGGAGAGAUGCCCAACAUUGACUGCCUUCAGGACAUUCAAAGUGGCUCAUCAGAAGCCGGCAGCUGUGACCGUUUACGACUAUUAUGAUAAUGCGCGUCGUGCGAGGAUGUUCUACAGCGCCAAUCCGGCUAGUUUGUGUGACAUCUGCGAGGGAGAUGACUGCGGACAGUCGUGCACGCCACAGGCUCAGCAGCAGACCUCUGACAAGGAGCCAGGAAGUCCUCUGGACAGACCAGGACCCGUGGGGUCCUCUAGUAAAGUCGAAUCUCUCAUCUACCUGGUUCUGGGAUCUCUGAUUACAAGAUUCCUGUGGAUCUAGGAAAGCUUCUUUACUAACUUUACACAAUACAAAAA